UUGGGUCAUGCACAGCUUGAGCGGUAGUCAAAUUUUCGUGUUUAGCGCAAGUUACGUUCAGAGUUUCUAAACUCGAGGUUGUCCAUUAAGUUUUAAUGCAAGUUCGUUCUCCGUUAAGAGAAUCUACAGAAUCCGGCAUGUCAGCCAAAAUUAUCAGCGGAAAAGAGGUUUCUGCCCAGGUGAGAAAGGGACUGAAGAAGGAGGUGGAUGCUUUAAAGUCACAAGACCCAAACUUCAGACCAGGCUUGGUAGUGUUACAGGUGGGAAACCGAGAAGAUUCCAACCUAUAUAUUAGUAUGAAGCUGAAAGCUGCCAGUGAGAUUGGAAUCAAUGCCAUACACAAGAGACUUCCCCAGACUGCUACUGAAGAUGAGGUUCUGCAAAGCAUCAGAGAGGUUAAUGAGAACUCCAGUGUCCAUGGAUUCAUAGUACAGCUGCCUUUGGACUCAAUUCACCGCAUUGACACAGAGAAGGUCACCAAUGCUGUAGCUCCAGAGAAGGAUGUGGAUGGUUUGACUAGCAUAAAUGCGGGGAAAUUGGCACGUGGUGAUCUUGGAGACUGUUUCAUUCCCUGCACUCCCAACGGUUGUAUGGAGCUCAUUAGACAAACAGGUGUGCCCGUAGCAGGAAAAACAGCUGUGGUGAUUGGUCGCAGUAAGAUUGUUGGCGCGCCUAUGCAUGACCUCCUGCUGUGGAAUCAUGCGACUGUGACCACCUGUCACUCAAAAACCACUGACUUGGCUUCUGAGGUAGGAAGAGCGGACAUCUUGGUGACUGGGAUUGGGAAGCCAGAAUUUGUGAAGGGCGAGUGGGUGAAGAAAGGUGCUAUAGUCAUUGACUGUGGCAUCAACCAUGUUCCAGACAGCACUAAACCGAGUGGGAAGAGGGUGGUGGGUGACGUUGCUUUCACCUCUGCUAAGGAGCAGGCAGCCUUUAUCACCCCUGUUCCAGGUGGAGUUGGCCCCAUGACGGUAGCCAUGCUGAUGCAGAAUACUGUUCUUAGUGCUAAGCGUUUCCUUCAGGCACACCAACCAGGCAAAUGGAAUAUGAUUUAUACCAAGCUCAACUUGAAGAGACCUGUCCCGAGUGAUAUAGACAUCUCCCGCUCUUGUGUGCCCAAGUGCAUUGACCGUUUGGCCAGGGAGAUUGGCCUUCUCUCUAAUGAAGUAGAACUGUAUGGCAAGACAAAGGCCAAAGUGCAUCUGGAAGCUAUUGAUCGAUUGCGAAUCCAGCCUGAUGGUAAAUACGUGGUGGUGACUGGAAUCACUCCCACACCUCUUGGAGAAGGGAAGAGCACUACUACCAUAGGCCUGGUGCAGGCACUUGGCGCUCAUCUCAAUAACAAUGUGUUUGCUUGCGUACGGCAACCGUCUCAGGGCCCCACAUUUGGCAUUAAAGGUGGUGCUGCUGGGGGUGGCUAUUCUCAAGUUAUUCCAAUGGAAGAGUUUAAUCUGCACCUCACUGGCGACAUCCAUGCCAUUACAGCUGCCAACAACCUGGUGGCAGCUGCCAUCGAUGCCCGCAUCUUCCAUGAGGCCACUCAGUCUGAUAAAGCACUUUUUAACCGCCUAGUACCGCUAAGUGGAGGCCACAGGACUUUUUCCCCCGUGCAGAUUAACAGACUAAAGAAACUGGGCAUAGAGAAGUCAGACCCCUCCACAUUGACCGAGGAGGAGAUCACUCGCUUCGCUAGGCUGGACAUUGAUCCUGAGUCCAUCACCUGGCAAAGAGUGUUGGACACCAAUGAUCGGUUUCUACGCAAGAUCACUAUUGGUCAAUCUCCUACCGAGAAAGGCUAUACCAGAACGGCUCAGUUUGACAUCACGGUGGCCAGUGAGAUAAUGGCUGUGCUAGCUCUCACAAGCAGCCUGGAGGACAUGAAGCACAGACUUGCUAAAAUGGUAGUGGCCACUAGUCGCAAUGGAGAGCCAGUCACUACAGAGGACCUGGGUGUGUGUGGAGCACUGACGGUGCUAAUGAGAGAUGCCAUCAAGCCCAAUCUUAUGCAGACCCUAGAGGGAAACCCUGUGUUUGUUCAUGCUGGGCCUUUUGCCAACAUCGCUCAUGGGAACUCUUCCAUCCUGGCUGAUAAAAUUGCCCUGAAGCUGGUGGGUCCAGAAGGAUUUGUAGUAACGGAGGCAGGCUUUGGUGCAGAUAUUGGGAUGGAGAAGUUUUUUAACAUUAAAUGUCGAUACUCUGGACUGAGGCCUCACGUAGUGGUGUUGGUAGCCACUGUCAGAGCACUGAAAAUGCAUGGAGGGGGACCAUCGGUCACAGCUGGCAUGCCUCUACCAAAGGAAUAUACAGAGGAGAACCUGGAGCUGGUGGAAAAGGGCUUCUGCAAUCUGAGGAAGCAGGUGGAGAACACUAAGCACUUUGGUGUGCCGGUCGUCGUAGCAGUUAAUGCUUUCAAGACUGACACAGAGGCUGAACUGCAGCUGAUCUGCAAGCUUGCUAAAGAGGCAGGAGCUUUCGAUGCAGUGCAGUGUACUCACUGGGCAGAUGGGGGUGCUGGAGCCGUCGAACUGGGCAAAGCUGUGCAGAAAGCUGCGGAGGCCCCCAGCAACUUCAGAUUCCUGUAUGACACUGAGCUGCCUGUUGUUGAUAAGAUCAGAAUCAUCGCACAAAAGAUUUAUGGGGCAGAUGAAAUUGAGCUGCUCCCAGAGGCCCAGCAUAAGGUUCAUCUGUACACCAAACAGGGCUUUGGUAAUUUGCCAAUUUGUAUGGCAAAGACCCAUCUGUCUCUUUCUCAUGAUGCAGAGAAGAAAGGAGCUCCCACUGGCUUUGUUCUGCCUGUCCGCGAUAUCCGUGCCAGUGUUGGCGCUGGGUUCCUCUACCCACUGGUUGGCACGAUGCCGACCAUACCAGGCCUACCAACACGCCCCUGUUUCUAUGACAUAGAUCUAGAGCCAGAAACAGGAGAGGUCAUCGGCUUGUUCUAGAGAAGACACAGCUUGUGCAAUAAAGAACUCACUUCUAGAUUGCUUGCUUAAAAGUCAAAUCAGGGAGCUGUACCUUUUUUGUGUGUUUAUUGUUUGUUUUUUUGGUUUUGUUAUAAGAUUCUCUUUGCUGAAUAUUAGAUGUUAAGAAGUUGUCUGCAUCACAUGGCAGAGAUCCUUUGAGUUUGCACAAGAGCGUGUUUGCCUAAGGGUGUGGCCAUGCUUGGAAACUACUGUAGGAGAAUGAGGGUAGCACCUGUGUUUUUUUUGUUUUUUGGGGGGGUUUUUUUGUUGUUUUUUGGGGGGGGGGGGUUGGUGAUUUUUUGUGACUGACAUCACUUUUAACAGAUGUUCUUACAUUAGCAUUCUCUGUCUGAGAUGAUGCACACUGAAAAAGUGAAAUGUUUAGAUUGGUUUGGGUUUUUACCUUUGCAUCAAUGAGACCCUAAAUAAUCUAUAUUAUUUCUGUAUAUAACCCUAUGUAAACUAACAAUUCUUUGAAUAAACUGACAUUUUACUGACCUUACUAGAACUGUUAAUAAAAUCACGUUAGAUGCCCACUGAAUGGC